AACAAGCCUUUUCAUCCCAAAAUGUCUGCUAUUGCAAUUCUAGGAUUACUAGUUGUUACCAGCAGCAUUGAGAUAGCAGGGGCUCAAUCAAUAGGUGUUUGCUAUGGAAUGCUAGGCAACAACUUGCCUUCACAUGAGGAAGUUAUACAAGUCUACAAGUCAAGAAACAUAACAAGAAUGAGGCUUUAUGAGCCAAAUCAUGGAGCUUUACAAGCCUUAAGAGGCUCCAACAUUGAAGUUAUGUUAGGACUUCCCAAUUCAGAUGUCAAGCAUAUUGCUUCUGGCACUGAACGUGCGAUUUGGUGGGUACAGAAAAAUGUAAGAGAUUUCUGGCCAGAUGUUAAAAUUAAGUACAUUGUUGUUGGGAAUGAAAUUAGCCCUGUCACUGGCACAUCUUAUCUCACCUCAUAUCUUGUUCCUGCCAUAAAUAAUAUUUAUAAUGCAAUUAAUUUCGCUGGUUUGGGAUACGACAUCAAGGUCUCAACUUCUGUAGACAUGACCUUGAUUGGAAACUCUUAUCCACCAUCACAUGGCUCGUUUAGGAGCGAUGCUAGGCCGUUCGUUGAUCGGGUUGUUGAGUUUUUUGAAUUCACACGUGCACCUUUGCUCCUUAACAUUUACCCUUAUUUUAGCUAUUCUGGUAAUCCUGGCCAGAUUUCUCUCCCUUAUGCUCUGUUUACUGCACCUAAUAUGGUGGUACAAGAUGGUUCGCGUCAAUAUAGAAACUUAUUUGAUGCAAUGUUGGAUUCUGUGUAUGCUGCCCUCGAUAAAGUACCAGGAGGAAGAUAUGUAGACAUUGUUGUGUCAGAGAGCGGCUGGCCAUCAGCUGGUGGAUUUGCAGCCACAACAGAUAAUGCAGCAACUUACUAUAAGAACUUAAUUCAACAUGUUAGAGAGGGUACUCCAAGAAAGCCUGGACCCAUUGAGACCUAUUUAUUUGCCAUGUUUGAUGAGAAUAACAAGAACCCUGAACUAGAGAAACAUUUUGGGCUGUUUUACCCCAACAAGCAGCCCAAGUAUCCACUCAACUUUGGGGUUUCUGAUGGAGUUUGGGACGUUUCUGCUAAAACUAAUGACACUGCAUAUCUCAGAAGUGAAAUGUGA